AUGUUGACAGUAAUUUUUCGUAAAAUUUUUAAUUUUAAUUUGUGGUUAAUUUCUUAUAAUUUUUUCAUUCCUUACUUUCGUGCAGGUCAUCGUGGCCGUCGUUUUGAGGAUUCAACUCUUGGAUCAGAAAGUGAUGCUCGAAUAUUCUCCGAUGACGAUGAUCGGUCACGUGUAUCAACAUCUACUGACAUCACAAGUGUGUCUCGUCAACAUCACGCAAAUGCUUAUCGAAAAAGGCGCAAUCGUCGCAGAUUCCGGCAACCAUCACGAGCUUCAUCAUUCAGCAGUAUCACAGAAAGCUCUAUGUCUCUUGAUGUGAUAACUGUCACACUUAAUAUGGAUACUGUGAACUUUCUGGGGAUAAGUAUCGUAGGAGGCGCAGUGGCUUUGGACGGUCGUAUUGAGCCUGGAGAUAUGAUUCUUCAAGUUAAUGAUAUUUCAUUCGAAAAUUUUACCAAUGAUCAAGCGGUAGACGUGUUACGAGAAUCUGUGGCAAGGCGAGGGCCAAUAAAAUUGACAGUUGCGAAAAUGUGGGAUGGGGGACCAAGAAGUGCAUUUACAGUGCCGAGGCAUAGAGAUGAACCGGUGAGACCGAUCGAUACACAGGCGUGGAUUCAACAUACUAAUGCAAUGAGGGGAAUGCCAUCGAUUCUUGAAGGAUCAGAAGGUGCACCAACUCCAGUACCUGGGCAUUAUGGUCAUGCCGCAAGUAGUAGCACAGCAACGUCAAAUGGUUCAGGUCCAAGUACAAUUGUCGGUGGAGCUCAUGUUCGUUUGGAUAUUACUAGUGACAAGAAAAAAAUCGUCCAAAUGAUGGUGAUGCCGAAUUCCGGGCUCGAUAUAAAAAAUCGAACGUGGCUAAAAAUCCCCAUCCCAAUGUCUUUCUUAGGAAGCGAUUUAGUGGAUUGGUUAAUGGAACAUGUGGAUGGUUUACGAGACCGUAAAGAUGGUAGAAAAUUUGCUGGUGAAUUGCUCAAAGAAAAACUCAUUAGUCAUGUUGUAAACAAAAUAACUUUCACCGAACAGUGUUAUUAUAUUCUGGGAGAAGAAUGCACUGGUAAUUGCCACAUUUGA